CGAUAUGAUAUAUGAUACAACGGCUUGCCAUACWRKGUUGCUGUUCCAAGCACACCAAAAUGGCAGUUUUUCAACUACUUUGGAGUUUGGGUGCAAAGGCGCUUUUAAUCCCGUUCUCUUUUAUUUUUGCGGCAUUUCUCGGUUAUUGCUUUUAUGUUAAGUACGUGCACGUGAAAUAUGACCACAUACCGGGACCACCGCGAGACAGUUUCUUACUGGGUCACUCACCGACGUUAAAGAGGAUUAUGAAAAAUGACGGGCUCAUACAUGACAAAGUAAUUGAAUGGUCGGAGACUUACGGGUCUGUUUUCAGGUUAAAUGUUCUGCAUUUUGUGUUUGUGUGUGUGACCUGCCCACAUGCAACUAAGGAAAUCCUGCUGUCCCCAAAAUACCCCAARGACAAGUUUGUCUACAAGAGACUCUAUAACCUGUUUGGUCAAAGAUUUUUUGGUAAUGGCCUGGUAACAGUCCAGAAUCAUGAAGUGUGGUACAAACAGCGUCGGAUCAUGGACCCUGCCUUCAGCAGCGURUAUUUGAGAGGUCUAAUUGGGAUCUUUAAUGAGAGGGCAGAGAGACUGAUGGAAAAGCUUGCAGAUGCAGCUGAUAAUAAUACAGAGGCCAAGAUGUUGCACCUGGUCAACUGCGUUACWCUUGAUGUGAUUGCUAAGGUUGCUUUUGGCAUGGAUUUAGACCUCCUGACACAUAGCUCACCUUUCCCGAAAGCCAUCGAGACUUGUCUGGAAGCGAUGGUGUACUACAUUAGAGAUUUAACUUUCGAGUUCAAUCCAAAGAACAGACGAUACGUUAAAGAAGCGAGGGAAGCGUGCCGCCUGCUGCGCAGAACCGGCGCUCAGGUGAUCCACGAGAGGAGGACUGCCAUGCAGAACGGCGAAGACGUCCCGAGGGACAUCCUGACACAAAUCAUCAAAACUGCUGCCACAGAGGAAAACAUGACUGAAGAAGAUGAGGAGUUUAUGUUGGACAACUUUGUGACAUUCUUCAUUGCGGGUCAAGAAACAACAGCUAAUCAGCUGGCUUUCUGCAUCAUGGAACUUGGACGACAUCCUGAAGUUCUGGAGAAAGUGAGGACAGAAGUGGAGGAUGUCAUUGGGAUGAAACAAGACUUAAGCUUUGAMGACAUUGGGAAACUGACCUACCUCUCACAGGUGCUGAAAGAGACGCUGAGAUUGUAUUCAACAGUUCCUGGCAUAUCCCGUGAGAUUCAGGAAGACAUGGUGAUUGAUGGUGUUCGCAUUCCUGGCGGAGUCAGUUGUAUGUUGAGCCCCUAUGCAGCUGGGAGAAUGGAAAAAUUCUUCAAGGACCCACUGAAAUUUGACCCUGACAGAUUUCACCCAGAUGCUCCCAAGCCUUAUUACUGCUACUACCCCUUUGCCCUCGGUCCACGGGCCUGCCUGGGGAAGAACUUUGCUCAGAUGGAGGCUAAAGUUGUGAUGGCAAAGCUGCUCCAGAGGUUCGACUUCACCCUUAUCCCAGGACAGACGUUUGACAUCCGAGACACUGGCAUGCUGAGGCCGAAGAGCGGAGUGGUUUGCUCCAUUAAACACAGGAAGUAGAAACUAAUUAAAGCUCAAUAACWCAAAAGAAACACAUAGUGAAACUGAGUUAAGCUUUCUUCUUGUUUCAGCCACUCAUUAUUCAUGUUGUAAAACAUGGUUUCUUUGUGUGAAUUUUUAUUGCACUUAAGCACAAUAUAAUCUUAACAUUUUGUUUACGUAUAGUAUUCUUUUUAGCUAUUUUUUAAACACCUGAACCUUUUAUGCCUUUAAUGCAUUAAUGAGUGUGACAUUUGUGACAAUAAACUGCAACUAAUGAGG